AUGACAGUCACCAAGCAAGGUUGUCCAGACAACAAAGCUGAAGUGCCCACUUGUAUUCGUGAAUACUGGCCAUACAGAGAUGAACUAUCAACUCAGAACGGACUUGCCUUCAGGGGAACCAGGAUAGUCAUUCCUACAACAAUGAGAACCAACAUGACAACACGAGCGUCACACCUAGGUGUCCAGUACACUACAAAUACAGCUAGAGACAUCAUGUAUUGGCCAGACAUGUCAGCUGACCUUACAGAAGCAGUACAGCGAUGCUCCACCUGUCAAGAAAUGCAACCAGCACCGCAGAAAGAGCCAAUGAUGACACAUUCCAUACCUCAGGUACCAUGGCAAGUAGCUGCCAGUGAUUGCCUGGAAAUGCAAGGCGAACACUACUUGGUCCUAGAAGAUCUGUACUCUGACUAUAUAGAACUAGUUCAGCUCCAAGACAUGUCAUCUAAAACUCUCAUCAAGCAGAUGAAACCAAUAUUUGCAACCCACGGGACACCAGCAGUUCUUAUAUCAGACAAUGGAACCAGCUACAGUUCACAGGAAUUCCGAGAGUUCACCAAGGCAUGGGAAAUAUAUCACGUAACUGUAAGUCCUCAUCACCACAGGUCGAACGGGAAAGUGGAGUCGGCAGUGAAGAUUAUGAAGAGAAUCAUCAUCAAGGCCAAGAAAGACGGCUCAGACCUGUGGAACUCACUAUUGGGAUGGAGAAAUUCACCAACCCCAGGAACAUCCAGCUCACCAGCACAACGACUUAUGUCCCGCCGAACCAGGUCUAUGUUGCCUUGCAGCCAGGCCCUGUACAAGCCCGAAGUACAAGCAGCGGUGAGAGAACAGAUCAUCCAAAAGCGCAAGCAGGCCAAACACUAUCAUGAUCGCACAGCGAAGUCACUGCCUAGUCUUGUUGUUGGUCAACCAAUAAGGGUGAAGGUACAUCCACAACAGGCUAAUAGCAAUUGA